AUGGAAGUCAGCAGCAGUGCCACUCCCACUUCCCCUCGACCUGACCACCAUCUGCCCCGCUCUACAUCCAACGAUACCUUCACGAUCCGCUCGAACGCCACUACCAUCAUGCCUGCCGAUCGCAACCUUCCCGCCCGGCGCUCCGUGCGAUUGUCCCAACAAGGACCGAGACACUAUGGCAUGUUGCAUUGUACUCGUCCAUUUGCGUCUGCUGACGACACCCGUUAG